AUAUAUUCAUUAGCUUUGUAUAACUGAAGCUUACUAACAAUUACGUAGAAAGAUGAUUUUUUUUAUUGUUUUUUACGUUCAAAAUCAAUAUCUGAUGAAUGACUUAGAAAUUUAUUGACUCUUACAAUUGAUCUAAUUCAAAAUUAUGGACAACAAGAUCUCAAUAUAAAUCGGAUUGUGACCAGUGUAUCGAUUAAUGUGAGACCAAUGAAUUGGAGGAUCGGGGUUUUGUUGUCUUUUUUAUUCACCUUACAAUUAAAAAAAUCAGAGGCUAUUAAUCAAACUUAUUCCAAUAUUGUCAAAGGUCUGGAAAUCGGCAACUGUGAACCAGGUUACUAUGGUUUUCCCUAUUGUACACUUUGUGCCUGUGAUCCUGUUGGGUCGGUCAAUCAAACCUGUGACUCGAAUGGCUGGUGUACAUGUGCACCUCGAUUCAAUGGACCAAAGUGUAAUCAUUGCAGUGCUGGUUAUUACAAUUUCCCUAAAUGUGAAGCUUGUAAUUGUGACCCCGCGGGUUCUUAUGGUGUAACCUGUCAAAAUGGUGUCUGUCAAUGUCGAGAUAACUUCGAGGGUAUUAAGUGCGACAAGUGUAAGAAAAACUUUUACAAUUUCCCGAUUUGUGAAAGUUGCUCAUGUAAUCCCGCUGGAGUUGUUCCCAAUUUCACCAGUUCACUUAAUGGUCUAGAUGCUUGUGAUGGUGAAUCAGGUCAAUGUGCAUACGAGGGACCGGAAACUGAUGAUAUCCGUGAAAAUGUGCUUAUGGUUUUUAUGCUUUUGCCGUUGGGAACAAUUUCAGCUGUGUUCCAUGUGACUGUGAUCUUGGAGGCUCUCGGAGUGGUCCUUGUGACCCACGAACGGGUUUAUGUCAGUGUAGAUUCAGAAUUACAGGUAUACGAUGUGACCGUCCACAAAAAGCUCACUAUUAUCACACAACUUACCAGUAUCUUUAUGAACUCGAAGAUGGUCAUAACGUUCAUUAUGAUUAUAAUGAGACCGUUUUUCCAGGUUUCUCUUGGAAAGGUUAUGCCAAAUUCUCUGACCUCCAGAAAAAGGUGA